UGACUCGCACGAAAGUAAGCUGUAGUGUCAGUACGCUUGCACUCGAAUUGCAGAGAAAACGUAUUAAAAAGGACAUUUGCCAAAAAGACGCGUUCAAAGAUAUAUUUCAUACGAUAUUGGCAAUUUGCGUGGCUUUGUGCGGCAAUAGCAGUCUCCAGAAAGGCGCAAGCGCUCGUGGCUCCCGGCGGCGGCGUCGGCGGCGGCGGCGACGGCGACGGCGACGGCGGCGUCGACUCACGGGGGGUGCGGCUGUAACCAUGGAUCCCAGUGUACUCGCCAACAUGGACAAGGACGCAUUGAGGAAGCAGAUCGAGAACAUGAAGUACCAGGCCAACAUGGACCGAUGGCCCCUCUCCAAGAGCAUCGCCGCGAUGCGCGAGUACGUGGAAGAGAACGAGAAGAGCGACCCGCUAAUUCACGCACCCGAUAAGAAGAAUAAUCCCUGGGCCGAAAAGGGCAAGUGCGUGAUUAUGUAAUUCGAUAAAAGAGAGCUCGGCGAUGCGCAAGACGAACUGAUAUUUUUGGGAGGUUGUGCGCGUCGUAACGGGCCAAGGACAACUCGGCCAAGUUCCGCGUUGAUUAGAGUGACAUAGGAGCCGACGAUGGGUCGAGGUUUCGGCGUUUAUUUGUGCUUUUGGGGGGUGUGAUGGAGGAG